AUGACGAACCAGAUGGCGUCCCGCUUCCGAGUGAAAAAACUCUCUCCCAAACACCCACUUCCUGUCUUCAAAGAGAAGCAACUACCUGACUUGGAUGAAGCCAACCUUCAACGUGCCGUACCUCAAAUUGAGACUGGUGUAGAGAAGGAUGAAGAGGAGGAGCAUGAUCUUCAAGCUGCCAUCUCUGCUGCUCGUGCUGCUGUUACAACAGGUCAAGAUGUCGCUCGCUAUAUCCCAACACCAGAUGCAUCUCGACAAAUUGAUGACAAGGAGUACUCUCGCGUCUACAAUGUUCAAUACAAACAACCCAACAGCUUGAUUCGAUAUUCCAUGACAGUCGAUGAAUUGAUAUCAUGUCGCUAUGUGAUGGAUGAAGAAGACGUAUCAUUUUUGGAACAACACAACAUGAAAAAGAAGGAUCACAAGCUAUCCGAUGAUGCUUUUGAACACAUGAUGGACCUUAUGGAAUCAGGUGUAAGCUCUCAAAUGCCACAUCUCAACUUGGAUCCAUCACAAACACCCGAUUAUGCAGAGCUACUCAAAAUGAUUCCAGACCUUGCACGCACAUACAACUCGAUUGAUAUUGAACCGGUAGCUGCUCAUUGGCGUGCACGACGUGUAGCUGCUGGUGGAAAGCCAAUUAUACCCGAGCUCAUGUUUGAAGAUUUCACCAAAGGCGAUAUUGAUCCCUAUGUAUGCUUUCGACGACGUGAGACAAAGUCUGUUCGCAAAACACGACGCACAGAUCAACAAUCAUUGGAGAGACUACGCAAGCUGCGCACUGAAAUGGAAAAGGCACGCAAUCUUUUGGAGAUGGUAUUGCGACGUGAAAAGAUUCGCAAGGAAGGUUUAGUUCAAGAGCAUGCCGUCUUUGACAAACGAUGUGAGAUUCGCGAGUAUCAACGUCAACUGGGCAUUCGAGACGAGGAAGCCCUUAUGCCGGUUCCCAAAAAGAAACGCAAAAUACCACCCUCUGACACUGGCUCAAGCACCACUAUCAAGAUACCACUCAAUCGCCGUAAACGAGAUGAUGCCAACACUGAAAAAUCACCCAUGCAACUUGCCAUCGAAUCGGAGCUUGCUCGUAAAAGAGAAGAGGAUGCCGAUUAUGAAGAUGUUACCAACUGCUCGUAUCAACCAUUCCCAUUGCCAUUACCGCUUCAUUUUUUCCAAUCACUUGUACCUGAAGAAAAGACUCAAGCACCACGCUUUAGGAAGCGGAUUGGUCGUGGAGGUCGUGUUCUUAUUGAUCGUAUUGGCUACAGGACACCAGAUAAUGUGGAUGAUCGUUAUCGUUUUGACCCUGAUGUUGUUUGUUUGGAUGAAGAGAUUGAGGAAGUUGACGAAAAUGAUGACCGCUUUGUGCCCUAUCAUACCAGCCUGUCAAAUGCCCAACUUGCUAUUUUGGAUAAAAACGUACCAGCAGCCAUGUCGGAGGUACCCAAUAUGCUAAAGAAUGAUGCGAUGAGUCGAGGGAUGGUGCCCAACAAUGGUAGUGGAAUGGCUACUGCUGCUACUUCUUCUUCUACAACAACUCCUACAGUGCCUAUUAAACGACAAAAUAGCCGAUCAAGGAUGACACCAAGAGAAGCAGCUAUAGCUAUGACCAAUGGUAUGAUUGCAACACAUUUAUCAGCAGCGAUGAAUGGCGUCUCUGUUCAAAUGACACGCACUGGCAACAAUAGCAGUACAACUCCCCUGCAACAACCAACACCUCCUCCGCACAAAUCAUCGGCAUCGCCAUCACCACAACUCACCACCUUACAAACCUAUACGGCUCGUAUAUCCUGA